GUUGAAAGGGGAAAGGUUGUCAGCAACAUGGCUGCUCCCCUGGAUGACAUGUUUUCCUUCUGCGUGGACCCCGGCAAAGUCUCUGCCUGCGUGGAUGUGAGAUUUAUAGACAAUAUCAAGGGCAAGGGUCUCUUCGCCAAACAGAGUAUCAAGAAGGGAGAUGCCAUCUUUCUGGAGCGGCCACUCGUCUCUGCCCAGUUCCUGUGGAAUUCUCAGUACAAAUAUAGAGCCUGUGAGUACUGCUUACGUGCUCUGGAGAGUGCAGAGGAGAAUGCGAGGAGACUCAGCGGCAUCCCAGGACUCAGCCUCCCUCACCCUGAGCUCUGCAGGGUGCGACCGGAGAGGCACCAAGCCUGCCCGCAGUGCCAGGUGAUGUACUGUAGCAGCGAGUGUAGACAAGCUGCAGCAGAUCAGUACCACAGGGCUCUGUGUUUGGGUCCCUCUCAGGAAGAUCCAGACCAUCCCAUCAACAAGCUCAAAGAUGCAUGGAGGAGUAUGCAUUAUCCCCCUGAGACCUCCAGCAUCAUGCUAAUAGCCAGAAUGGUAGCAAUAGUCAAACAGGCCAAGGACAAAGCGCAGUGGCAGAAGCUGUUUUCACACUUCUGCAGCCGGACAGGUAAUGAGGAAGAGGAGAUCGCCCAUAAGCUCCUAGGAGAGAAAUUCAGAGGGCAGCUGGCCUUGUUACACAGCUUUUUUAAAGGAGCACUAUACGAUGACUAUCUGAGUCGGUGGUUUACCCCCGAGGGUUUCCGCUCUCUCUUCGCUCUUGUGGGAACCAAUGGACAAGGAAUUGGCACGAGCUCAUUGAGUCAGUGGGUUCAUGCUUGUGAUGCAAUUCAGCUUCCUGUCCAGCAGAAGGAGCAAUUGGACUCUUUUAUCGACCAGAUGUACAAGGACAUUGAGAAAGAAACGGGAGACUUUCUAAACUGUGAGGGCUCUGGACUCUUUCUGCUCCAAAGCUCAUGUAACCACAGCUGCAUACCCAACGCAGAGGCCUCCUUUCCCGACAACAAUUUCCUGCUUCAGCUCAGCGCCCUUAGUGACAUCAACCCAGGAGAGGAGAUCUGCAUCAGUUAUUUGGACUGCUGUCAGCGGGACCGAAGCCGCCACAGCAGACAUAAAACUCUGAGGGAGAACUACCUGUUUGUCUGCUCGUGUCCAAAGUGUGUCUCCCAGAUGGGUGAGCUGGACAUGACAUCAGAGGAGGAAGAAGAAGGCGAGGCAGAUGGCGAAAUGGAGGGGGAUGAGAUGGAAGAUGAGAUGACCGAUGUCUGACUUGCCAAUAUUGUUCUCAGCCGCUCCCUUUCCGGCCACCAUGAACCCUGGGGAAUAAAAAAAACUGUUCAAACCACAA